AUGAUUUCAUUCAAAUCAAAAAAGAAAUAUCAUCAUAAAAUAUUUCAACGUUCAUCAUUAUUUGUUCGUUUUAAAUCAUUAUUUUUUAAUAAUCUCUAUCGAAUAUAUCAUGGAUUAUGUGUAAGUGUGUCAUUUCUUGUUCGUUUUUUUAUUUUUAUUGAUCGUAUAACACGAAAAUUGAUUAUAUUUAUUGAAACAUUAAUUCAAAUUAUUCGUAUUGUUCAUGGUUGGAUACAAAUGAUAAGAUCAAUAUUUUCAGCAAUUCAUCUUAUAGUAUCACGUUUAAUGAUGUUUUUAUUUAAAAUUUAUCAAAUAUUUUAUUUAUUAUCAGUUUUAUUUGAACCAUUUUGGAAUCGAACUUUUGAAAAAGCUGUACGUUCUUUUUCACAUUUUAUUUAUGAAUAUUAUUCAUCAAAUGGAGCUUGUUAUACAUUAAAAGCUCGAACAACUCAUGUUAUUGGAAAAAUAAGAGCAAAAUGGAAAAAAAACUCGAUAAUUGUUGUCAAUGAUGAUGAUAUUUAUUAUGAUGCUCUUAAUGAAGAAUAUCAAUAA